AAAAUACAAUGCGCGGGAAGCGGAAUUUUAGAGUUUGUGCGCAAGUGGCUGAUACUGGGAGAGCAGCUGAGAGAAACCCGGAGGAAGGGAAAACUCGGUGCUGACUGUGAGAGAAAAGCGGCGCCUGGAGGCGGAAGGGAUCGGAGAUGAGGAGCGCCAUGCGACCAGCUAAACCCACUCGGAGACUACCACCCAAGAAGCCUUCUGGCACAAGCCAAAAAGAGCCAGUUGGGGUUUACUGCAGAGUGCGCCCUUUAAGCCCCCCUGAUCAGGAAUGCUGCAUUGAGGUUAUCAACGAGACCACUGUUCAGCUGCAUCCACCAGAUGGAUGCAAGACCAAUCGAAAUGGGGAAUACAAAGCGACCCAGUAUUCUUUUAAAGAAGUGUUUGGGACUCAGGUGACCCAAAAAGAGUUGUUCGACAUUGUUUCCCGGCCUCUAGUGGAAGAUUUAAUCCGGGGGAAAAAUGGGCUUCUCUUCACAUAUGGAGUGACUGGAAGUGGAAAAACUCAUACAAUGACGGGUUCUCCUGGGGACGGUGGACUCCUGCCACGAAGUCUCAGUAUGAUUUUCAACAGCAUUGGCGACUUUCAAGCAAAGCGAUAUGUUUUUAAACUUGAUGAGAAGAACGGCAUGGAUGUGCAGAAUGAAGUGGACGCCCUGUUAGAGAGGCAGAAGAGAGAGGUCCAGCCACAGGUGGUUCACAGGACACCUUUGAGCAGGCAGCGAAUGGAUCCAGAGUUUGCAGAUAUGAUAAACAUUCAGGAACACUGCAAAGUAGAAGAUGUUGACGAGGACAGUGUUUACAGUGUAUUUGUGUCCUAUAUUGAAAUCUACAAUAACUAUAUCUAUGACCUGCUGGAAGAGGUCCCUUUGGAUCCCAUCAAACCAAAGUGGAACACGCCCGGAAAGAAUGCAGAGUUUAUACCACCACAGUCCAGAAUUCUGCGUGAAGACCUAAACCACAACAUGUAUGUUGCUGGAUGCACAGAGGUUGAGGUUAAGUCUACCGAAGAAGCCUUUGAUGUCUUCUGGAAAGGUCAAAAGAGGAGACGAAUUGCAAACACACAACUUAAUCGUGAAUCUAGCCGCUCCCACAGUGUCUUCAUGAUAAAGUUAGCACAGGCUCCCCUUGAUGCUGAUGGAGAUCAUGUUCUGCAGGAGCGGGAGCAGAUCACUCUGAGCCAACUCUCUCUUGUGGACUUGGCCGGUAGUGAAAGGACAAACCGUACCAGGGCAGAGGGAAACAGACUGCGUGAAGCAGGAAAUAUCAACCAAUCUCUGAUGACUUUAAGAACCUGCAUAGAAGUCCUCCGAGAGAAUCAACUCUGUGGAACAAACAAGAUGGUACCCUACAGAGACUCAAAGUUAACUCAUUUGUUCAAGAACUACUUUGAUGGGGAAGGGAAAGUGCGGAUGAUUGUAUGUGUCAACCCAAAAGCUGAUGAUUAUGAGGAGAGCUUGCAAGUAAUGCGAUUUGCGGAGAUGACCCAGGAAGUUGAAGUGGCCAGACCUGUAGACAAACCCAUUUGUGGUCUGACCCCAGGACGGCGCUACAGAAACCAGGCCUUUAAGGAGGAGCUUACUCGUAGGUUGGAGGACCGUGGUGGACCACUUAAUGGUGGGGAUGCAGAAGACCAGGCAGUAGUGGAGAUUCUGAUACAAAGCUUUCCCCCUCUCCCAUCCUGUGAGCUUUUGGAUGCUAACGAUGAUCAGUCUCUGCCAAAACUAAUUGAGGUCCUGGAGAAACGGUGCAGGAUCAGGCAGAUGAUGGCUGAAGAGUUUAACAAAAAUGUUUGUAGCUUUAGAGCGAUGCUGCAAGACCUAAAUGGUGUAGUUACAGCAAAAGAAAAUAUUGCACAGGGCAGAAUGACAGAAAAGGACAAGGUCAUAGCCUCACAGAAAUCUGAAAUCGAUCGUCUGGACAAGAAAAUAAAGACACUGGAAUAUAAGAUUGAUAUUUUGGAGAAGACAACAACAAUAUAUGAGGAUGAAAAACGCACGAUACAACAAGACUUGGAAAAUCAUCAGCAGAAGCUGCAUCGCCAGCUCUCGGAUAAGAGGCGGCUGGAGGGGCGUCUGCAGGGAAUGAUGAAUGAAAAUGCUAUGAAAUGGGAGAAGGAAUGUGAGAGGCGUGUAGCAGCCAAACAGCUAGAGAUGCAAAACAAGCUCUGGGUAAAGGAUGAGAAGCUCAAACAACUCAAAGCAAUUGUGACCGAACCAAAGGGAGAUAAACCAGAGAGGCCUCCCAGGGAGAAAGACAGAGAGCCAAGGGUACCUGUCAGAUCUGUAUCACCCGCACCUCUCCAGGGUAACCCAGUUCCCCAGUCCACCCCUGCACGGUUGCAGCUGCACAGGCGCUCAAAUUCCUGCAGCAGUUUAUCCGUGGCCUCGUGUGUGUCGCAGUGGGAACAGAGGACACCCCAGCACACCCCUCACAGCAAUGGCUGCUCCAGCCGCAGGCGGAAGGAGUCAGAGGAAGCUAGAGAGAGUCAUUCAGCACAUAAUGCAGCCAGUCUACAAGCACAUCUAGAAGAGGAUCAGUGUUUCAGGACUGCACCCCCGGUCCAUCCCAGGCACCGUCGCUCUCACUCAGCAGGGACAGAGAGAUGGGUGGAUCAUAAGCCGCCCAGUAGUGUGGAGACUGACACAGUCAUGCAGCCCCAUGUCCCCAACUCCAUCAAAGUCAACGUUGCCAGUGAAAAGGCGCUGGCAAAAUGCCACAAGUAUAUGUUGACACACCAGCAACUGGCUUCAGAUGGGGAGAUUGAGACUAAACUUAUUAAGGGCGACGUAUAUAAAACACGUGGAGGCGGCCAAUCUGUGCAGUUCACUGACAUUGAAACACUCCGGCAACAGUCUCCACCUUCAGGCGGCCGUAAGCGAAGAUCAUCCCCAUCCAAUCAGCCCCCACAAGAAGAAACUACAGAUGCAGACUGGACUGAUGUAGAAACUAGGUGUUCCGUUGCUGUAGAGAUGAGAGCUGGAUCAAAUCUGGGGCCUGGCUAUGAGCACCAUGUUGUGUCCAAGCGCAGAAGGCCUUGACUUGCCCCUGGACACUAUAAAAUAUAUCCCCUGCAGACUCUGGCUGUCAGACUUGUGAAUAGCUCUAAGGGAAACUUGUUUUGCAUUCAGCAUGUGCCACAACAAUGGACUUCACUAUUCACUAGAGAACGUAUUUAAUUCACGACAGACUUCCUGCACGGUUCCGCUGCUGUAUUUUAUGCAACCUUUCAUGUAGUCAGAUUCUUCCUCGUGCCUGUAGGUGGCGGAAUAUGAAAUUUGACUUCUUACUCUCUGUUCAUCAUGAAAGGGUUUUUUUUAUGGAUAUUAAGGUAUAUAUUAUUCCUGAUAUACUGUGUAGAAGAGGGAAUGGCUGCUGUGUGGUUAGAAGCAAAGAUGCACUUUACUAAAGCUUUCAUUUGGAUACACACUGCAGUUAGUAGCUUAACAUGGUCCCGUAUCUGUUGUACAAUUUCUGCCCUAUGUAUUACACCCUGAGAGCUACAGACUGGUUUGUUUAGGAAUUUACAGACUGGUUUUAGGGAUUUGUUAAUAAACAUGGAAAAGCUGGAAUACAA